GGCCCGGGCGGGGAGGAAGCAUGGCGGCCGUGGCCCAGCGCGUGCUGCGCUCGCGCUACCCGCUGCUGAGCCUCUCGCUGAGGACUUCGCCGCGACUGCUUUGUGUAGCAACACAACAGAAAAAUACCGGCCAGAACUUGGAAGAGGACCAGAGUCAGAGUCAAAAUGAACAGAAGGCUGAACCGAGCUCUGCUGAGAAAAGGCUAGCUGAAGAAAAGGCAAAACUGGAAGAACAACUGAAAGAAGUCACUGACAAGUACAAACGAGCCUUGGCAGAUGCAGAAAACGUGAGGCAAAGAAGCCAGAAACUGGUAGAAGAGGCAAAGUUAUAUGGAAUUCAGAGCUUCUGUAAGGACUUAUUAGAAGUUGCUGACAUUUUGGAGAAAGCAACAGAAAGUGUUCCAAAGGAAGAAAUUAAGGAUGAAAAUCCUCAUCUGAAGAGCUUAUAUGAAGGUCUUGUCAUGACAGAAUUACAGAUUCAAAAAGUGUUCAAAAAACAUGGCCUGCUCAGACUGAAUCCUGUCGGAGCCAAAUUUGAUCCCUACGAACACGAAGCGUUGUUCCAUGCUCCCAUGGAAGGAAAGGAGCCUGGCACUAUUGCAUUAGUAUCAAAGAUUGGCUAUAAGCUGCACGGGCGUACACUGCGGCCUGCCUUGGUGGGUGUUGUAAAAGACGCUUAGCUGCUUAAUUAGAGAAUAUAAAAUGCCAUACAACUAUUUAACAGCUGGAUGGUUUUUCUCUUGCAUCAUGCUUUCUUCCUUCCUCUAGCCCCUGAGCGAUAUCCCCAGUUGAGAUCUUUCCAAUGAAAAUGAAGCAAACAAUGAAUUUGUGCUGCUUAGUGGCCUUCAACAUGAGUGUUCUAUAAGCUCUGUUAUUAAGUGUGAAAUAAAAGAAGCCAUUAAGCCCUCUGAUGCUUUGGAUUACAUUUAACAGAGUCAUUGCAGCUGAAGGUGCAUUAAAUUGAGAGGAACAAAAUCUUCAUGAGAAUUUUUACAUCUUGUGUUUGUCACUAUCCAGAGUGAAAAUCCAAACAGUUGUUCAAACGCUUCCUUUUGUUUUGUAGGAUCUAGUAUUGCAGAAGUGGGUGAAGUAGUACAAAUAACCAGUUCUCUGCAAGUGUCCACCAGCUUUCAUUUGCUGAUGUGAUAAUUGCCUUUGUUGUUUUUGUUUUAGUAAUAUGUCUAUCUAGAAGUAGACCCUCUCUCAACAACUGAAAUUGCAACCUUUGUGAAUUCUGACCUGUAGGAAAAAGGCAAUGGGGAGUAGACAUCUCUUUGUAAUUGUUCAGUCCUUCUUGUUCUAUAUUAAAGUUGUCUUGAGAAAACCAUCUAAUACUUGUAUGGCAUUGAAGAAUCUACACAACUUAUCCUAUCUCUGGAUUUUUAAUUUAAUACUGUAUAAAUUGGUUUAAACAAUUUUGGUAGUCUUGUAACUUCCAAGCUUUACAAUCAGUUUGUUAUGCAAACUGUAGUUACAGCCCUGCUGAAAAUCAGAAUAGACGAGCAAAUGAAUAGCUGAGUGUUUGGUACCUAUUAUCUUCUGGAACUACAUAAAUAAUUUUAAGUAAGUAAGUGGCUCAAAUGAAAGUGUGAACUCAAUUUCGUCUCUAUUUCAUGGGUUUACUCUUCUAGGAUCUUAAGUUUCAACAUAACUUUUCCUAGAUGCAGCUUUUGCCAUGUUUAAUUCUAUCUGCUGUUCCCGCUUCUACAGAAUCAGGCUAAAAUACAAAUACUUUAUUAGUUGAAUGUAUUACACUACAUUUGUGCGGUCACCGUGGUAGGAGACGAUGGAGCUUGGCAAAUCAUACAACUGACAUAGCACCUGUCCUACAUCUUCAAAGCUCAUCCAUUUAAGACAGGAUAGGAACUUCAAACUUCUGCAUGUUAUUAGGACCUGGUAAACUAAUAGUGAAGUACAUCUGAAUUUCCAUCUGCCCACCAUUUCCUGAUUGUCUUGGAUUAAGGUACUUCUUUAAGCUUGAGUAUUGCUUUUGAAAAACCAUGUGCAAAAUUACCAGUACCCACUCGUGAUGGGAAGUGAUUACUUGUUCUUUAAGCCUUUUUUCAUGUUGGUUUGCCCCCUGGCAAUCAAUCAGUUAAGAACAAGUUAAGUAAGCGCUUACUGCUUUCUCUUUUGGGGCUUAAUGUAUUUUGAGGUUUUAUUCUUUCUCAACUCUAAGCAGCAAAAUCAAUGCUUUGACUAGGACUAGGCAGAGGAGGGAGAAUAGUCUUGAAAUCUGUGUGAUGACAACUCAGCAAUGUUACCUUCUUGCAAAAUAAGAAGUGGUUUAUCAAGUACAGAGAUGAAGAAAAUGCAAAGACUGGUAUAAAUAAAGCUAGAGGAAAAGGAUUCCACUUAA